AAGCUUGCAUUGAUGAUAUAUCAUUGCCCCCUUCUUUUACGCGACUCAGUUAAAUGGACAACUAUGGGGAUUGCAUGUUCAUGAGUGCAGCUGAACGCUGAUCGCCAUUGAGAACUCUUUUCCCCCUCGCUUCUUCACCUCCACAACCUCACCUGUAUUUGAGCUCUUCAAUGGCUACCACAGCUCCACCAACGAGUCCAAUCUCUUCGCCCAACCAAUCCCACCCACUCUCCCUCCUCCACAAAUGCAACUCUCUCAGAGACCUCAAGCAAAUUCACGCUGCUGCUAUCAAGGCCAACCUUCAACAUGACGUCCCUGUCCUCUCCAAAUUCAUCAAUUUCUGCACGAAGGACCCUACAAGCUCCUCCAUGGACCAUGCGCACCAGCUGUUCGACCAAAUUACCCAACCAGACCUUGUCCUCUUCAACACAAUGGCCCGUGGCUACGCACGCACGCACGACCCACUUCGAGCUAUCGUGCUCUUCGCUCAAGUUUUACAUUCUGGAUUCGUCCCGGACACCUACUCCUUCUCGUCUCUCCUCAAGGCGUGCACCAGCUCAAAAGCCUUACAAGAAGGUAAGCAAUUGCACGGCAUUGCUGUUAAACUUGGUUCGAGUCAAAAUGUUUACGUUUGCCCCACGCUCAUAAACAUGUACGCUGAGUGCCAUGAUGUGGCAGCAGCUCGGCGAGUGUUCGAUAAGAUAUUGGAACCAUGUGUUGUGUCUUAUAAUGCCAUUAUCAUGGGUUAUGCCCGAAAUAGUAGGCCGAAUGAGGCUUUGUCAUUGUUUCGAGAAUUGCAAAUGAGCAAUCUCAAGCCCACUGAAGUCACAAUGCUUAGUGCUAUUUCUUCUUGUGCUUUAUUGGGAGCAUUAGAGUUGGGGAAGUGGUUACACGAAUAUGUUAAGAAGAAUGGGUUCGAUCAACUUGUGAAGGUGAACACUGCACUCAUAGACAUGUAUGCCAAAUGCGGGAGUUUGAACGAUGCAGUUUGUGUUUUUGAGAGUAUGGUUGCUAAAGAUACACAUACGUGGUCGGCAAUGAUCAUGGCUUAUGCAAUUCAUGGACAUGGUUCUAAAUCCAUAUCUUUGUUUGAAGAAAUGAAAAGGGCUGGAGUCCGGGCUGAUAAAAUUACAUUUCUAGGUCUUUUAUAUGCAUGCAGUCACACUGGAUUAGUAGAGGAAGGCCUCAAAUAUUUCUGUAGCAUGAGAGAUGAGUAUGGGAUUAUUCCUGAUAUAAAACAUUAUGGGUGUAUGGUGGAUUUAUUAGGCCGAGCAGGGCAAUUAGAUGAGGCUUAUAAGUUUAUAGAGGGACUGCCAACCAAGCCCACUCCAAUUCUUUGGCGAACCUUGUUGUCUGCUUGCAGCAGCCGUGGCAAUAUGGAAUUGGGGAAGCGGGUGAUCGAACAUAUUUUUGAAUUAGAUGAUUCUCAUGGUGGGGAUUAUGUAAUAUUCUCAAACUUGUGUGCAAGAGCUGGGAGAUGGGAAGAUGUGAACCAUGUCAGGAAAAUGAUGAAAGAUAGAGGGGUGGUAAAGAUUCCUGGGUGUAGUUCAGUGGAGGUGAACAAUGUAGUGCAUGAAUUUUUCUCGGGAGAUGGCAUACAUUCAGAGUCCAGAGACUUGCAUCGAGCUCUUGAUGAGUUGAUUAAGGAAUUGAAAUUGGUUGGGUAUGUUUCCGAUACUUCCCUGGUCUUUCAUGCAGACAUGGAAAAUGAAGAGAAAGAAGCUAGUCUUAGAUAUCAUAGUGAAAAAUUAGCCAUAGCUUUUGGGCUUUUGAACACUCCCCCUGGGACAACUGUUCGAGUGGUGAAGAAUCUUCGGGUCUGUGGGGAUUGUCAUUCAGCUGCAAAACUCAUUUCGUUGAUCUUUGAUAGACAGAUAAUUCUUAGAGAUAUCCAGCGGUUCCAUCAUUUCAAAGCUGGAAAGUGCUCCUGUGGGGAUUUCUGGUAGUAGAAUUAACUGAAGUCCGGAUUCAUUUUCACCAAGCACAGGAGUGUAUAUGUUAUUCCCAUAAAGAAAUAAAACGAUGUUUGUUGGCAA